AUGUUCGGCGAGAAGAGCAAUUACCGGGAUGCGCAUUUCCAGCCGCUCAAGUCGGGGAUGGCGUCGCCGCCGGAUGCAUAUCAUGUUUCGCAGGUCGAGGAUGGAGAAAGACAUCUCGAUGGGAAUCCGGCAUUUGAUAGGCCACUCACGGUGCAAUUCUGCUCGAACGAUCCGGACGAUUUCCUGCGGGCAGCGAAACAUGUUGCGCCGUUUUGUGAUGCGGUGGAUCUGAAUCUAGGAUGUCCGCAGGGUAUUGCGAAGAGAGGGAAAUAUGGAGCUUUCUUGCAGGAGGAUCAAGGCCUCAUUGCGAGGAUGAUCAAUAAAUUGCACGAGGAACUGGAAGUGCCUGUCACGGCGAAGAUGCGGGUUCUCGAAACGAAGGAGAAGACGUUGGAAUAUGCGAAGACUAUCCUGGACGCGGGCGCGAGUAUCAUCACGGUGCAUGGCCGGCGGAGGGAACAAAAGGGACACAACACAGGUUUGGCAGACUGGCAAAUGAUACGGUAUCUGAGGGAGAGUUUACCGAAGGAUACGGUCAUAUUCGCGAACGGAAACAUCCUGCAACAUGAGGAUAUUGCAGCAUGUCUGGAAGCAACAGGCGCAGACGGCGUCAUGAGCGCUGAAGGAAACCUCUAUGAUCCCACCAUCUUCGCGCCACCACCGCCAGUAGGCCAAGAAGGGCAAGAAUACUGGCGUGACCGAAACGGCAAAGGUGGCUACCGCGUCGACGCCGUGAUGCGCCGCUACAUGGACAUAAUUCACAAACAUGCCCUUGGUCAACAACCACCAGUGCGGAAACCCCUCUGGAUGCCCGGCGACCCCGAAGAGCCUGUCAAGCAAGAACAAACCCCCUCAGAAGAAGGUGAAGAAGAAGACGGACCACCCAAAAAGAAGCAAAAGAGACUAUCCAAAGCCGAACAGAAAAAAGCCAAAUCCUCGAAUCCAAACCUCACAGCCAUGCAAGCACAUCUUUUCCACAUGCUCCGCCCCCUCGUGUCCGAACACCACAACGUCCGCGACGCCCUGGCGCGCUCGCGAACAGGCGACAUCGACGCGUUUGAAAACGUCCUCGCGCUCGUCGAACAAGCCGUCAAACAAGGCAUCCAAGCCUACGAAUCCUCACCACCCACCGACGCCCCCGAACCCCUACCAUCGACAGAAAACCUUGAUCCCUACGAAUCCUCACUAGCCACUGUAGCGCGGUGCAAACGCCCGUAUUGGGUGUGUCAGCCGUAUGUGCGGCCGUUACCCAAGGAGGCUAUUGAGAAGGGGAGUAUGACGGUGAGUAAGAAGGAGAAGAAGAGGAUGGAGGAGGAGACGAAGGCGGUGGGAUUGGAGGUUGGUGGGAGGGUGGAGGAGAAGGAUGAGAAGACAGGGGAGACGUUGGGAAAGGACAGUUUGGAGGAGAGUGAGAGGAGGGAGGGGAAGGGGGACGAGGUUGUAGAGGAGCCGAGGGAGGGUGUGGUUUGCGGUUGAGGCUUGAAGGUGAAGGUGAUAUACCCAAUGCAUUGUGUGGCGUUAUCAAGUGACGCGAACUCCGAGACAGUUAGAGUCCGAGUUCAGGGCAGAUUUGUGUCGAGGUAUUUUGGAGACGGCCAGUUUCCGGCGCUCUUCCCUAGGCCGUAGGAUGUCGUUUCCUCGUUCGCCGUCAUGUCAGGUUUGCUCCUUCCAAUCCUGCUAUCCUCAUCCUACAUCAA